AUGAGUUCAGAUGCUAGCCAAGGCGUGGUCACUACUCCUCCUCCUCCCAGCAUGCCUCACAAAGAGAGGUAUUUUGACCGCAUCAAUGAAAAUGACCCAGAAUACAUAAGGGAGAGAAACAUGUCUCCUGAUCUGCGACAAGACUUCAAUAUGAUGGAGCAGAGGAAACGAGUUACUCAGAUCUUGCAAAGUCCGGCCUUUCGGGAAGACCUGGAAUGCCUUAUUCAAGAACAGAUGAAGAAAGGCCAUAAUCCAACUGGAUUACUAGCGUUACAACAGAUUGCGGAUUACAUCAUGACCAGUUCUUUUUCGGGCUUUACUUCACCUCCCCUCAGUCUCGGCAUGGUCACACCUAUCAAUGACCUUCCUGGAGCAGAUACAUCCUCGUAUGUGAAGGGAGAAAAACUUACUCGUUGUAAACUUGCCAGCCUGUACAGACUUGCAGACUUGUUUGGAUGGGCCCACCUGGCAAAUACAUACAUCUCAGUAAGAAUAAGUAAGGAGCAAGACCACAUAAUAAUAAUUCCCAGAGGCCUGUCUUUUUCUGAAGCCACAGCCUCCAAUUUGGUGAAAGUCAAUAUAAUAGGAGAAGUGGUUGAUCAGGGAAGUACUAAUUUGAAAAUUGACCAUGCAGGCUUCAGUCCCCAUGCCGCGAUAUAUUCGACACGUCCUGAUGUUAAAUGUGUGAUACACAGCCAUACCCUCGCAACAGCAGCUGUGUCCUCCAUGAAGUGUGGGAUCCUUCCAAUUUCUCAAGAGUCCCUGAUCCUGGGAGAUGUCGCCUAUUAUGACUACCAAGGGUCACUUGAUGAACAGGAGGAGAGAAUUCAACUGCAGAAAGUUCUGGGGCCAAGUUGUAAGGUGCUGGUACUCAGAAAUCAUGGUGUGGUAGCACUUGGAGAAACAGUUGAGGAGGCUUUUCAUUACAUUUUUAAUGUACAGAAAGCCUGUGAGAUUCAAGUGCGGGCACUGGCGGGGGCAGGUGGGGUAGACAAUCUGCUUGUGCUGGACCUUCAGAAGUACAAAGCUUCCACUCACACUGUAGCGGCAUCUGGAGGAGGAGGAGUGAAUAUGGGUUCCCAUCAAAAGUGGAAGGUUGGCGAGAUUGAGUUCGAAGGGCUGAUGAGGACUCUGGACAACUUGGGAUAUAGAACAGGCUAUGCUUAUAGGCACCCUCUCAUUCGAGAAAAGCCAAGGCACAAGAGUGAUGUAGAGAUCCCAGCCACUGUGACUGCCUUUUCCUUCGAAGAUGAUACAGUGCCCCUCUCACCUCUCAAAUACAUGGCACAGAGGCAGCAGCGUGAAAAAACCAGAUGGUUGAACUCACCAAAUACCUACAUGAAAGUGAACGUGCCUGAGGAGUCUCGGAAUGGGGAGACGAGCCCCAGGACCAAAAUCACAUGGAUGAAAGCAGAGGACUCUUCUAAAGUUAGUAGCGGAACACCUAUCAAAAUUGAAGAUCCAAAUCAGUUUGUUCCUUUAAACACCAACCCGAAUGAGGUACUAGAAAAGAGAAAUAAGAUUCGAGAACAAAAUCGAUAUGACUUGAAAACAGCAGGACCACAGUCUCAGUUGCUUGCUGGAAUUGUUGUGGAUAAGCCUCCUUCUACCAUGCAGUUUGAAGAUGAUGAUCAUGCCCCACCAGCUCCUCCCAACCCCUUCAGUCAUCUCACCGAAGGAGAACUUGAAGAGUAUAAGAGGACAAUCGAACGUAAACAGCAAGGCCUGGAAGAUGCUGAGCAGGAAUUACUCUCAGAUGACGCUUCAUCUGUUUCACAAAUUCAGUCUCAAACUCAGUCACCGCAAAAUAUCCCUGAAAAAUUAGAAGAAAACCAUGAGCUAUUUUCCAAGAGCUUCAUCUCCAUGGACGUACCUGUCCUGAUAGUGAAUGGCAAGGAUGACAUGCAUGGUGUUGAAGAUGAGCUUGCUCAGCGAGUAAGCAGGUUAACCACAAGCACCACCAUAGAAAGCAUCGAGAUAACCAUCAAGUCUCCAGAAAAAAUUGAAGAAGUCCUGUCACCCGAAGGCUCACCUUCAAAAUCACCAUCCAAGAAAAAGAAGAAAUUCCGCACUCCUUCUUUUCUGAAAAAGAACAAAAAAAAGGAGAAAGUUGAAGCCUAA